AUGACGAUAUACGUGACAGAUUUGAAGGAAGAAGAUAUUCCCGGCGCUGUGAAAGCUGUUCAGGAGGCAUUCGCAGGAGAUCCAUAUAAUGAAUGGGUGUACGACCAUAAGAAUUUCAAUCCACAAAGAAACUCAGUGUCUCUCGGCAUCAGGAUGAGAUGGGGAAUGCGAAAUGGAAUCUUCCACGUUGCAAAAGAAGAGGGCAACGAUAAGGUCCUCGGCGUCGCCAUGUGGCUGCGUCCACAACCGGCAGAUCAACCUGCAACUUGGAAUGACUGGCUUGAGAGCUGGAGACUGUACUUCGGACAGGUAUGGAUGAAUCUGGUAUAUGGACGUGGAGGGCUCAAUGUGACAAGAUACUAUAUCUGGAAAGAUGCCCAGGCCAAGGCCCAGUCAGAGGUUUGGACUGAUCCUCGAGGCUAUUACUUCCUCAAUAUCAUGGUUGUUCUGCCCGAGGCCCAAGGAAAAGGUGUCGGAGCAAAGAUGAUGAAGGUCACUACCGAGCAGGCCGAUGCUGAGAACAUGAAAUGCUAUCUCGAAUCAAGUCGGGAUAAGCCAAAUGUGGCUAUUUAUGGUCGCUUUGGGUUCAAGUUACAGAAGGAGAUGGUUUGCGAUGAUAAUGGGGACGCUAUUACUUUAUUUACCAUGAUUAGAGAGCCUUAUGCAAAAGCAAGCGAUGGUAGAUAA